AUGUCUUCGGAGCGCAAGACAAGGAGCACCAAGAGGGUCAAUGAAGACAACUUCAAGCAAAAUCUCGAGGCUGCAGAGCCUGAGAAGAAGAAGCAAUGCUAUGGGCAAGCCCCAAUCAUCAAGAAUUUGUCGGAGAUUGUCAAGGUCUCGAUGCUUGAGUCCGACAAGACCAAGCCUGAGGCCAAGCUUUCGUGCAUGCAUGGGGAGGCGGGUCAAGCGUGUAAGGAGGAUUAUGGGGCUUGUGCAUCCAAGGAUCUACUCCCUUUUAUUGCCCAUUACAAAUGCUUCGAUGUUUCGAAGAAGGAGAAAUUUCCAAGCCCCGAUUUCCUGCAUUUCUGGGGAACCGCAGGCUGGUCGUUGCAUGGAUUUUCUGCUACAAUGAAGGUCGGUGGGGUGAUGGAGAAGGUCGAUGCAGAGAACUCAUCUUGUCAGAACCUUGUAAAGGCCUGCAAGUCACUGAGCUCUGUCAAUCCCGAUGAGAUGAAAAUCCAGCACAUCCUCCGUGCGAUGUUCUCGGUGGAGAGCCUGUGGUCCAAGAUCCCUGUAGAGGACUACUGGAAGUUUCUAGCUGACCUGAGCACAUCGCAAGAAGUCCUUGAUACCGGGAUGGAUGAUUUCGUCUUAAUAGUCAUGUGUAGUGCCCAUGCCUACUUCAUCCGGGAGUUUGAUCGCAAGGACUUAAAGGAUGACCAUCUGAACAUGUAUCAAUGGAUGCAUUGUACCUUACCAGAGCUCAUUUGCAAGGGGUUUAAGAAUUGCAAUGAUCUCUACAAUUCCUACAUAAAGUGGAUUUCGAAGAAUUUUGACAUUGUCGAUGCAAAAUCUAUAGACAUGUUGGGUUACAUCAAGGUGAUCGUCAAUUACUAUUGCUUCAGCUUCCUUCGAUACUCGGACAAGUUCACCCGUGAAUAUAUGAAGACAGUGGCUCCCAAGGGCAUGAACGUCGAUAUUGUAGAUAGUGCAUGCCUUGUGAUGAGGAAUGUUCAAUGCAAAAUAUAA